UUAGGAUUACUUUUAAUAUUGCUUUUGCCAUGUCCUAACUUCAGUGUAAACAUCGGUCAGCAGUUGACAUUCAUGGAAUCUUGUUAGUUGCUUUUAUUAGUUAACUUACUGAUAUCAUGCAGAGAGAAGAAAGAGCUCUGGAUGCAGCACUUGAUGCCAUUCUACAGCGUGUGAUAGACAUCAAGAGCUCCUUGCAAGAACUGAUGCUCAAAAUUGAGAGGGAAGGAGAGCAAGCAGACUGGCCUUCCUAUCUGGAUGCCUUCUCUGUUAUCUCUGCUCAG